GGUUUCCCACGAGUUUGCAAUUCAAAGUCAUUCCUUCUUGUGUGUCUUGUUCACACGUCCUCUCAUUCUCAACAGUUGUGUUAUUCGUAUACCAUCGUUCGAUAUCCGCUUCAACUCACUCUCGUUCCAAUAAACGAAAUCCGAGAAGGACCGAACACCUGACCUUAUACUCCUUUGAGCCCUGGUAGAUGGUGGUACCACUCAGAUUUUGAAGUCUCCGGCUCUCGUUUAGCCUAUGAACAAUCGGCAAUUCUUCCAAAACAUCCAGAACACCAACUUCUGGACUCAGCAAUCCUCUUCGCUACCUUGAUCACAAUGUCGUCCAACUGGUUCGGAGACCUGCAAUUGGCAUACAAGUACAUUGUUGUCUUUCUCUCUUUGCUAGUACUUACCAUCCUCGGUGGAUUUGUCAAGGUUCUAUACAACCGUCAGAAGUUGAAGAAGGCGAAGAAGGCGGAACUGGAGGCUGGGCCAAGGGAGGACACUGUCGAGUUGAACCAGCGCGAGAAGGAUGAAGGAGACUUGUUUGGCAUUCGUGCCAUCGAGGCCGGUUUCUAUGCUGGUGUCGCCCAGUCGCGCCCUACGUCAAGAGCAGGAUCCGUCAUUGGUGACCAUCCCGCAAUGAGCACCAGCACUCUUGUUGGGGGAAGCGUAAACUCCCCGCUCAUGAAGGGCCAGUCCACCAACAACAGCGUGCUCAGCUUGAACCUCCAUGCCACCAGGGAGCCUUCCAGGCUCCGACCCUCAGACGCCGAACUCAACGGAAGACACGACCUGUCUCUACAACCGCCACCAUCGUCUGGCCAAUCCCGCGGAUCCUCUUCUCCUACCUUUGGUGGAUCCGACAGCGACAGCGAAGGCUUUGCAACUCCCCGAUCCAUGUCUCCAUCCGAAACCUAUCAACACUAUGCACCGGCGUCCAGCAAAGACACGCCCGACGCGCUCACCGUCUCAUACUACACAUCGGACGGGAACAGUCAUCAGUCCCAAAGCGCAUCCUACAGCACUUCACCUGGUCAAUCCGCAACACCGCCAUCGCCUUACAGCCCACCCACAGCCCGGUUGCCAACUAUCCCUGGCAGCGCAUUGAGGAAAGAAUCUCGUUCGCCAUCGCCUGAGUACGAUUACCCUCGCGUGCAAGUUCACGAGCCGAGUAGGUAACACGCUCCCUGGUGCGUCGUUUGUACAUUUAGCAACUUUAUAGAUAUAUAUUAGGCCACACCUAACUUCAUUGCAAGAUCUUGAGC